CAUGUGAGAAAUUUCAAUGUAUCGUUGUAUUCUGGAAAGAUAAAUAGAACGCAAUACUAAGAGUUCUGCAUGGCUUGACCGCAAUUGACAGUGCAAUUUUGUGUGAGAUCAGAGUUUUUAGGGAUGGGUGAUGUUGGCGAUUUCCCAGGGCGGUCCAGCCACAAGGCUACCCUUUGUCGUUUCAUAUUAUAAUAUGUACUCUUAUUUUUGUAGUAUUUGGAACUGUUCGAGGGUAUGGGUCUUCGAGCUAGUCCUGGGACCGAAAUUUGGUUCGCAGCCAAAAAUGGAUACACGCAAGGCAUUUGCGUUCUCGAAAUAUCCUCAAAGGCAGAAUGCUUGGUUCCCUACAAGGAUUGGGGGGACCUCAAAAUUCAUUUGGAAAUUCUUCCUCCGCCUGACGGUACAAGCCCUGCCUGCAUUAGUUUCUCAUUCGCGGUGCCUUCCCCUCCAUUGAACCAGCAGGCUAUUGUCACCAUGUAUGAUGGGGAAGAGGUGAUCCUCCUUCGAAACCUGACCACCAAAGGGAGCCAUACUUUCCUUAGGAUCAGAUAUAAGUCCAACUUUGCCAAAUCCGACUCCAACAGGAAGACCAAAUUCAUAGAACUGGCCGAAGGCCUUGCUAUUUGGGAAGGAUGGGAAUCAGGGAUGGAGCUAGAAGAUGCCAUAAGUUUAGCCGAGCGAAUAGAUGAGGCAAGGUGCAGCUGGCCAAGUGCAGCGAGGCACAAUCAACGAAGCAGAGUGCAACGGGGCAAAGUCAACAGAGAAGAGUGCAGCAGUACCAAGGCAGCAGGACAGUGUACAGGACAGAGUGCAGAGGACAAGUCCUCUAAUGGACACACCUUAUAA